AGUACAGAUACACAUACAAUGGUAUUUAAAAUACGGAAUUACGAUUUUUUUUCUUUCUUUUUUUGUCUUUUAAUAUCACUUUUAAGCUAUAUAUUUAAAUCAUCAAUUAUGAGCAUCACUUUCAGCACAGAACCUGAAACUUGCUCAGGAUGGAAAAAGUUUGGCAGUAAACUUUUGCCCAAAAUAAAAGACACAAAGCUGAAAUCUGAUACACCCUUAACAAACAGUAACAACGGUUCCAUUGUCACAAAUAAAGAUGAUAAAAUAUCAUGGUUGAAUGUAAUCUGCUACCAGGUUUCUCGUAAAUUGAAAAUGUUUAAACACGACAACAAAACCCAUCAAGAGAACCUACCACAUAUUAUUGCUACCGUCAACGACAACGGAACUCUUUCGCCGAGCAAAUUCGAUGAUCAGCAGGAGCCGGAGAUUUUAAAUCAUGAUAUAAUCCAAGGCGAUACCGUACCACUGCAUCAACUUUUGCGUUACAGUAUGGACAGUUCAGAUCUGCGAAAAUUUCAACUGCGUCGUAUGACACAGCCGUUUAAACCAACUUAUGAAAUAGAAUGGCAAAAAAAUGAAUGGCUUCAGUUAGAUCAUUCAACAAGUAAAAAUAUUGAGCGUUUACGCGAACGCGGAUUCUCUAGAAUAGCUAUCCGAAAGGACGAAACUUUAAAAAAGCACAUAAUGUAUGAUAAUCCUUCCGAAACAGACAUUUUACUAGAACUAUCUAUAUAUGGCACCGAAAAUAAAAACGGAACAGAAAAGGGCUCCAAACCAAUUUUAUGCCAUCAACCAAGUCAAUUUCCUUUACGUCGCACCUAUUGGUGGCAUGCAUCCUAUCAAGUUGGGGAAGCACAUUUACCCAACUGGGCAGAUAAAAACUCUUGCUGUGACAACAAUAACACGCAUGCAAAUUCUGGGUUGAAUACUGUAUGUAAUAACAAACAAUCACACAUCUUUACAGCACAACAAUUAAAUGGGAUCUCUGACACACCAUCAGUUUCUGAGAGUUCCAAUGUAAGUCAACAAGUUGAAUCACUUCCUUUGGAUCCAGUUAAACCAUUAGAGUAUACCGAGCCACCGUUCUUAAUGCCAAAACCGGUCCUUUGUGCUGCUUGAAAAGGGUUUUAAAUAAAAACCAGAGACAUGUCUCCCUUAAAAAUCAAUAGAAA